AUGAAACCUCCAAUUAAUACGGCUGGGAUGUAUGAUAUGUAUGUGGCACCUGAGGAUGCAACAGCAGCAGCUCGUCACGCGAACACGAAUGGUAGUUUGCGAUAUGACGUCGACGACACUAACAUUGCAUCGUAUCCGUGUAACAAAAUGAACAUUUACACGUAUGAAGAGGAAUCUAUUGUGAUAUAUCUGAAGAAUUCAAACGAGCGAGUUGGUUUCUCGAUGGGUGGAGGUGCGGAUGAGAGUCUGGAUAGUUUUAUCAACAGUGUUACACCUGCGAGUUUGUUCAACGCCGAAUGCGAUCCAAAACUGGUCGCAUCAAAGAGGGUCAUUGCAAAUUUCCAUUUGAAUUUCUUUUUUGUUCUGCAAAAUCGUCAGCGUUUUGGCUUGGCUAAAUAA